AAAAAAUACACACACACAAACAACUGCUCGACAUUCGGGUUAUCAUUAAUUUCGUUGAUAUAAUAAUAAGCAGUAGACAUUUGCUACAAAACUAAAAUGACUACACAAUAUGUAAUCUAGAAGAAGUCACCACAAAGAAAUAAUUCAUUACACAGGUUGAAAAAUGUUUUUGGAAGUAUUCUCAUGUUUCGCUGGUAAAUAUAAAAAUUAUACGAGUUCUAGCGACGGCUACAUGUCAUAACUGUGAGAGUUUCCAAGAAGAAGAAUUUAGAUUAUCACAAACCAACCAACAGGAAUUACAAUGGACAGGUCGCUAUAACCUAACAAGAAUAACGAGUUGUAGUUCGAUCAAACAUAGAGAAGGCAAAACAUACUUAGAAAUAACAAAUUUUCUUCACGGAUAUAUAAUCAACAUGAAGAACAUGCAUCCGCGCGGUCAAUGUCGCCAAGAAUGUAAAGACUUCACUCAUGUUAAAACCGAAAAGUGCUUUCAAAAUAAAUGGUGCAAAGAACAACCACCCUGUUCAAAAAUAAUUAAAUGUGAGUUUAAGUCAGCUGCCAUGAAUGUUUGUCGUUCGAAUAUGCGUCGUACUAACCGAAGGUACGAAUAUAUCGAUGAACCCGGGAUAGAACGAAACUGUACAGGCACUUCUGUGUAUUUAGAAACACAAUCAAGAGGUCUUUUUGAUAUAUGCGACUACUGUUACUGCAUAUGUGAGGAAGAUAUGCCAUCAGCAGACAGAUAUAUUAGUUUACGUACUGCUGUGGCUGAUGUGAGCGACAAUAGGAUUGUCACUGGCAUUCGCUUUAUUAAAAAUAAUGGAAUAAUACAUUUUCAAGUUCAAGAUGGUAAACUUAUGCCAUACGGAAAAAUAGACCAAAGUACUGUCAGAUGGGUGCCAGUUCGUAAAUUCACAGUAACAGAUAGAAACGUUCACGAAAAUGUGGACUACCAUAAAUUAACUUGGCAGCACAGAAGAGUUCAAUUAAACGAUGUUUUUGCAGACGAGGGAUUCGUAAUUACAGGUGUCAGAUUUAAACAAAUAGGACUUCAUUUACGCCUGGAUUUAGAAAUACUCACAGUUCCUGUCGAUUAUGUAACUGGAAAACUUAUAGAACCUGAAACUACAAGUACUUACAAAGUAAUUCCUAACAUAGAACUCGUGAAUAAGUUUGGCAAAGAGCUUAGAUUAAGUCAACCUGAUGUACCAAGUCGUGACGGGGUAUCCAGAAUUGUUUCUUCGACAAAUAAAUACGUACAAUUUACGACUACAGAUUAUUAUAAAGACGCAGGGCAAACCACUGUGCCGUUUUUUGAUGCCAAAGCUGCGGAAUCAAGAGGUUCGCCUUUGGUUGGAAUCGGAAUUUUUCACAGAGGAGUUGAAGAGUCUGGUGGAUUCAUAGUCCCACGAAUAUACGCUUUGAAUUUACCAAAAACGAAAUUCUAAAACCCCAAGAAUUCUUACCAAAUUACUAUGAUAUACGAAAGAAAAGGAUCCACGAAACAAAAAAUUUUACAGAAACAAGUUUAAAAAAUUAAGUUUUAAUAUUUAUAACAUUAAUAUAACAGUCAAGAAUCGAAACUAUGAAAAUUGUAUUGGUUGUGAGGGGUGACACCUCUUAAUAAAAUCUACAUAAUA